AUGGUUGAUUUCUCCUGGAGCGGCGCAGCGUGGCGGGGGGGCGGGGCCUUGAGGAGGCGGGCGGUCAGGGGUCGAGGCCAGGCCGAGGUGAGGAAGCUGUCUUACCGGCUCCGCCCCAUCUCCCGCCCCUCCGCUUCCUCUGCUAUGAACCCUGUGUUAGCAGCGCUCAGCCACGACGCAAUCCUCACACCGGUGCAGUGCUCCGCCCCCCUCGCCAAGCCCCGCCCCCCCACGCCCCGCUGCGCCGUCCAGGAGAAAUCAUACUGA